UUGGCGGCUUGCAAAUGCCUUGCAAAAGCUGCCAGAGCAGGUCCCUUUGUGACCUGAAGUGAGAUCUGAGUGGUCCCCCCGCUCAACCUUCAUUGCUGCAUAAGCCUGGUCCAGUCACUGUGAUGUGGAAUCUAAAUACAGUGUAUGGUUAUCAUGCAUAUGGCAGGGAUGGGGUCUGCUUCUAAGGAGGUUUGGUUCAGUCCUGGCUCGGGGACACUUCAGUCAGGACCCUGCCACAACAGCACUGGGAAUGGAGCAUUAAAAUUGCCACCUACGUGAUUUUUUUCAGUAACAAUUAAUAAACAAUUCUAGUGACCCAGAAGGGAAACAUACCAGGACUGGAAAAAGCAAUUCAGCAUCUGCAAGAGAAAUUGGUGGAGUGUGAAAGGCGCUGAGCUGCCCACUGACCUUCUGCUCUGGGCUGUAGAUGACCACACAUUUUGCUGCUGAGCAGCAAGGGAAGUUCUCUGGCAUGACUCAUUGAGUUAUAAAGGGAAAACUACUACUGCCAGCGAUGCCAGAACAAAGGAGAUUUAGUAACUGAGGGGUAUAGAGUAAACAGUACCAUAUUCUUGCAGCAUUUGAGAUAUCAUCUCAUUUCUAACAGCUCAAUAGCCAUAAUAAACAACUCAUUUCUCAACAACUAAAUAAAUUCACAUACAAACACGCACAGUUCAACAGCUUUUCUGUCUGUAUGCAAAACUAAAUCCAGAACAAGGUGGAAUAAUCUGGAGGUGACUCUCAGACUGAGGGAAGUUUCAUGGACGUUUCAAGACUAAAACCUCAGAGCAUCAGACCAAAAAGGUAUCUUUAGUUGCUUGCCAUUCCCUGUUGAAAAUGGGUGGUGCAGGCAUUUGUCUCUGGUCAUUAAAGAAGCCAGUGGGAGAUCUUUGCUCCAGCUUUAUUCUGGGUUCUUGCUGCUGCUUUGUCCUUUCCAGUCAGGCACAAUUUUGCUGCCCUUAACUUGAGCAGCACCAGAUCCCCCAAGAAACUCUCGCUGGAUCACUGCAAAAUACAGGUGAAGACACAAUAGACUUGCCUUUGUCAAAUAAAUAUCACAUGAGGUGAGAGGCAGUAAAAUUCCCAAAAAUGCACUCACUCUCUUAUAUCAGCUAGUGUUAGGUAGGGUUUCCCUACUAUAAAUAUAUUUGGAGGCUGGAAUGACUUUAUAGAUCUAGAAAUAAAACUCAGAAGGGCCAGAUCCCAUUUGUUCUGCUGCAGAUGUAAAUAAAUGCCGAGGCACCAAAGCCUAGAGAAUGACCUGCAGCCUUCUGUGUGGGUGAUUGUCUGCAAGCAGCAGUGCUCACAGGUGCAGUAAGAACCAAUGAGUUGCCUAUUAGCAAGGGCUGCUGGUGGGAAAACAGCGGAGUCACCUUCAUAACCCACGUGUGAGCUGUAGGGAAGGUUAAUGAGGCUGGUCUGUAGCCCGGAGGUUGCUCAGCCUAAUGGAGAGCUCUGGAAAGGUGGUUAUUUGGUGGAUAAAAAGAUGCCUUGGAGUAAGAUGGGCCCUACAGAGUCAGAGGGAAGAAGAUGGAGAAGUUGGAUACCCACAGGUGGAGUUCUGCCUUGAAUGGAGCAUCUGUCUGAGAAACUCCUUGAAAGAACCCGUGCCAGGCGAGAGAACUUGCAGAAGAAAAUGGCGGAGCGGCCCAAGAUGGGAGCAAGACCCACAAUGCAGACCAAGAGGGUCAGAGAGCCUUUGGUAGAAACUGGUAACCAGGCUCCUCGUCCUGAUGAAGAAGUAAAACCUGAUACAAAACCAUCACCAUCAAAGAGGCUCUGCCCUAAUGAUAUAGAGUCUCAAACUUCUAGUUCGGAGAAUGUACAGCCAGUUCUUUCAAGUUCAACAAGCCAUGGCUCUCCUGAGAUGACUUCAGAAUUGCAUGAAACUGCUUCUAACAGGGCUUCAUCCGUUCAGCCUCUAAACACCAAGUCAGAAACUCCUGCAGCCCUUUCAGUCAAAACACGUAUGCAGAAAUUGGCAGAACAGCGGCGCUGCUGGGACAGCGAGGAUCCCUCUGAAUGUGUUUCUCUGUCUCCUCUCCAGUCAAAAGAUCUAUCUGUUUCUCCACCUAAGCAGACAUCUAAUGCCCUGGCAAGUGAAACCCCUAUUGGGAGAAGAGGCCGUUUAGCUAACCUUGCUGCUACAAUUGGUUCCUGGGAAGAUGACCUAAGUCAUCCAUCUGCAAAGCAAAACAAUGCACAAGAACAGCCUGGCACUACUUGUUUAUCCAAAUUGUCCACUACAAGUGGAGCAUCUGCUAGAAUCAAUAGUAGCAGUGUAAAGCAGGAAGCUGCAUCCUGUUCUCAAAGGCUUGUUGAGGCUUCUAUUAAUAAACCAGCAAACUCAAAGAGAGCGGAUCCAAACAAUUUUUUAACACAAUCCUCAAGAUCCACUGCUCCCCAUUCUAACGAAUCUGAAGUACAACUGCUAACAAAGAAUCCCUGCAGUCCCAAGAAAACUCAGGAGCAUACACAAACAGCAAAAUCAUCUUUGCCUCAACCAGUUCAGUCCAAAGAAGAGCCAGUCAAAGGAACACAUGUGCAACUUGAAUCUAAGGGUAAACCCACAACACCAGGGGGAUCAGGAAUUAAGCCCUUCCUGGAACGCUUUGGGGAGCGCUGUCAAGAGCGUAGUACACGCAGCCCUGCUACAAAUACUCCUGGGUGCAGAACACCUACUGUUACCCCAAACACAAGGACAAUCCAGGAACGGCUUCUCAAACAAAAUGAAAAUUCCUCUACUGCCAGUUUAGCGCUUCAGCUUAAGCAGGAACGUGAAAGAGAACUUGCAUGCCUUCGUGGCCGAUUUGAUAGGGGCAAUCUGUGGAGCGUGGAGAAAAGUGACAGUUCAAAGAGGAAACUUCCAGAAGCUAAACCGGAAAACCAAUCUCAAGCUAGUCCAAAACGCCCUCCUAGUUCAGAUGCUACUGCUUUUGGAUCACCAGACAACACACCAGUAGGUGACGGGCCAGUAAAGUCUCCCAGUGUGGAAUCUUCGGAUGCUUCUAAAUCUGAAGAGACUGAUAAACCCAGUCCUCUGAAGAUCACUGAGUCAAAGAGCCCUGUAAAAGCGAUGUCUGUCUCUGGACUUGAACAACUUGCCGAGAAACCAAAAGGUGAAGUGUGCCAAGUCGAAAUGAGUGUGGAUGAUGAGAUGAACAGCUCAAAAGUGAUAAAUGAGAUUUUUGAAAUUCUUCAAGAGGAUGGUCCAGACAUAGAAAAGCUGAAGAAAGAAAUGAGCAUGAGCCUGGAAGGUGAAAGUGAUGAGGAUGAGCAGGAAGAGUCGCUGAAUAUUUCAUCAAUGUCUCUGUUAACCCCUCUAGUGGAAUCUGUUGGUUCAGAGGCCUUUGCUUCUUGUAAGUCAACUGGGGAAGGUAGCAGUACCAGUGAUGUAAGUCUGAAGUCUGACAAGUUCCAAAGGACUAAAGUUCCCAGGGCAGAAUCUGGAGACAGUAUUGGCUCUAUGUCAGAAGAUCGCAACCUUCCAUAUAGCAUUGACGCGUACAGAUCUCAGAGAUUUAAAGAAACCGAUCGUCCUUCAAUAAAGCAAAUCAUUGUUCGCAAAGAAGAUGUUGCUUCCAAGCUAGAAAUGAAAAGGAAUGGCCCAUCUGACCAAGUCAAUAUCAAAAAAAAAAUGCAGGAACUGAACAAUGAGAUCAACAUGCAGCAGACAGUGAUUUAUCAAGCCAGUCAAGCUCUGAACUGCUGUUUUGAUGAGGAACAUGGAAAAGGGUCACAAGAAGAAGCAGAAGCAGAGAGACUGCUUCUCCUUGCAACUGAGAAGAGAACUGCUUUAUUGGAAGAACUGAAUAAACUGAAGAGUGAGGGACCUCCUAGUAAAAGAAAUAAAAGUGCUUCUAUGUCCCUUGAAUUUGCUCCAUCCAGGGGAUCUGUUUCCAUUUCAGAAAUGCGUCUACCUCUAAAAGCAGACUUUGUAUGCGGUACAGUUCAAAAGCCAGACUCAGCAAAUUACUACUAUGUAAUAAUCCUGAGAUCUGGAGCAGAAAACAUAGUUGCGACUCCGUUAGCAAGUACUGCCAGUUCCCUGAAUGGAGAUGCUCUUACUUUUACUACAACAUUUACUAUGCAUGAUGUGUCAAAUGACUUUGAAAUAAAUGUAGAAGUUUACAGUUUGGUACAGAGAAAAGAAGUUACCAGCACUGAUAAAAGGAAGAAGGCAAAUAAAUCUAAGGUUAUUACUCCAAAGAGAUUACUAACAUCUAUUACCUCUAAAAGCAACCUUCUUACUCCAGCCAUGGCCAGUCCAGGUGGCCCCAAUGCUAUACGCAGUACUAAUUUCAUCCUUGUUGGAUCCCACAAGCUAUCGCUGUCUUCUGUAGGAAGUGCCAAAUUUGCAUUGGACAAGAUAAAUUUUGAAGGGGAGGAAAAAGAACUCUUGGGCUAUAUGUUCCAGGACAAGGUUCCCUUUCUGUCCCCUUUGGAAGGUCAUAUAUAUCUAAAAUUGAAAUGCCAAGUGGACUCCUUGGUGGAAGAAAAAGGGUUCUUGACAAUGUUUGAAGAUGUUAGUGGAUUUGGAGCAUGGCAUAGGCGCUGGUGUGUGCUGUCUGGAAAUUGUAUCUCUUAUUGGACAUACCCAGAUGAUGAGAAACGAAAGCAUCCUUUGGGACGGAUAAACUUGGCUAACUGCACCAACCAUCAGGUUGAACCUGCCAACAGGGAGUUCUGUGCCCGUCCCAACACUUUUGAACUAAUAACUGUCAGACCUCAGAGGGAAGAUGACCGAGAGACUCUGGUCAGCCAAUGCAGAGACACACUCUGUGUUACAAAGAACUGGCUAUCUGCUGAUACUAAAGAAGAGCGUAACCUUUGGAUGCAAAAGCUCAACCAAGUCCUCGUUGAUCUUCGCAUGUGGCAGCCUGAUGCCUGCUACAAACCUGUUGGAAAGCUUUAAACUCUGGAAGGGAAAUAUGAAGAAAAUAUGCGAAAAUCCUCAUUAACUA